GCUGUAGAUUUAAGUCUCUCUCUCACUCUCGCACGCACUCUCUCUCUCUCAUUCAUUCCUACACAUAGGCUUACACGCCUGCUCUCCUCUUUUUCUCUCUCUCAGAAUGACAAUUCUAGGUACAGCUUUUGGUAUGGUUUUCUAUUUACUUCAAGUCGUUUCUGGAGAAAGUGGCUAUGCACAGAAUGGAGACCUUGAAGAUGCAGAGCUAGACGACUACUCAUUCUCCUGCUACAGUCAGUUGGAAGUGAAUGGAUCCCAGCACUUGCUAAACUGUGCUUUUGAUGAUCCAGAUGUCAACAGCACCAAUCUGGAAUUCGAAAUAUGUGAGGCCCUUUUGAUUGUAAAGUGUCUGACUUUUAGUAAACUGCAAGACGUGUAUCUCCUCAAGACAGAUAAAUUCUUACUGAUUGGAGACAGCAAAGUAUGUGUGAAGCUUAGAAGAAAGAUCGUAACCUGCAGAAAAAUCAAGAUAUUCAAUAUAGUUAAACCUGAGGCUCCUUUUGACCUAAGAGUCAUCUAUCGCAAGGAAGCAAAUGACUUUGUGGUGACAUUUAAUACAUCGCACUUACAAAAGACUUAUGUAACAAAGUUAAUCCAUGAGAUAGCCUACCGCCAGGAAAACAAUGAAAAUGACUGGAUGCAUGUGAAUUUAUCCAGCACAAAGCUGACACUCCUACAGAGAAAGCUACAACCUGAUGCAACGUAUGAGAUUAAAGUCCGGUCCAUCCCUGGUGUUGACUAUUUCAGAGGCUUCUGGAGUGAAUGGAGUCCAAGUGUCCGCUUCAAAACUCCGGAGACCAAAGACCCAGGGGAAAUGAAUCCUGUUCUACUAAUUAUCAGCAUGAUGAGUUUCUUCUGUGUGGCUCUGAUGGUCAUCUUGGCCUGUGUGUUAUGGAAAAAAAGAAUUAAGCCUAUCAUAUGGCCCAGUCUCCCUGAUCAUAAGAAAACUCUAGAGCAACUAUGCAAGAAACCAAAAAAGAAUUUGCAUGUGAGCUUCAAUCCUGAAAGUUUCCUGGACUGCCAGAUUCAUAAGGUGGAUGGCAUUCAAGCUAGAGAAGAAGUGGAAAGCUUCCUGCAAGACACGUUUUCUCCACAACUAGAGGAAUCUGAGAAGCAGAGGGCUGGAGGGAGUGUGCAGGGCUCCAACUGGCCAUCCAAUCAUGCAGUCAUCACCCCAAAAACUUUCAGAGGAGAUGCACCCCUCGGGUGCCUGGCUGGGAAUGUCAGUGUGUGUGAUGCCUCUGAGGUCUCCUCCUCCAGGUCCCCAGAUUGCAGGGCAGGUAGCAACAAUGAGCCUCAUGGGUACCAGGGCCUGCUGGGUGGCCCUGGAACUACAAAUGGCAUUCUGUCCCCUCUGUUUCCUUUCCAAUCAGAAAUCCUGACAUUCAACCCAGCUACCCAAGGACAACCCCUCCUCACUUCCUUGGGAUCAAGUCAAGAAGAAGCAUAUGUCACCAUGUCCAGCUUCUACCAAAACCAGUAAAUCAUUGUGACCAACAAAGAUAACUGAGCUCCUACUCUCCCUCACCUCGCUGAGAAGACCGAAUGAACGCAACCCUCUCCACAACCUACAGGAUUCUGAAACAUCGCUUUGCCCACUGCUUCACCCCCACUUCAGUGGCCUUCAGAUGAGGCAAGAGCAUUCUGUUUUAGGCAACCCAAAUGGUUCCAUUAUUUCAGAUGGUACAAAAGGCAGGAAAGAGUGAAAGAAAGGAUGGAGGAAAGGAUGGAGAUGGAGGGGUGAGGAAGGCAGGAAGGCAGAAAGGGAAGAAAGAACGAAAGGGGGACAAGAAUGAGCCUGCCUAUUAUUAGGACUUACUAGAUCUCCAAUGCUUGCUAGUGCACAUGUAAUCUCACAGAGUCCUCACAAUCAUCCCAGAAGGCAGGGCAAUUAUUAUUAUUAUUCUCUUUGGUACAGAUGAUGAAACUGAGGCUUGAAGCAACUUGUCCAUGUUCCCCACUCAGCAAGGGGUGGAACCAAGAUCUGAUGCUCAAAAGUCUAACUGCAGUCUCCCCAGAGCCAUGUUCCUGCCUCUCAACUAGGGGCUGCCCCACUCUCAAGUACCAAACCUCACUAUUAACAGGGUGACUAUAUAAUUCAUGUCGAAAACUGGGUCACUUUUGAAAGUAAAAGGAGAAGUUAUAAAUAAUCACUCCAGGACAAUAUGCAUAAACUGGGAGUUUCCCAGACAAAUGGGACACCCUUGAGUUCGGCCACCCGACUAAAAAAGCUAUGAGGAAGAAAGUGGGAGAGAAAUGGUCUCACGAUGUGUGAGGUACCACGGCCAGCCAUGUCCACAAAAAAUGAAGAUGGCAACAAAAUGCAACAAGCCCAUUUCAUUUCAUUUUUUCUGAAAAGUGCUCAAAGAGAGGAUAAACUAGAAGCCCAGAAUUUCUACUGUUAGUUAUCAAGAGCACAAGCCCCUCGCUACCACCAUCCAGCUGCAACCCAUGGAUGGAAGAAGAACCUGCUGCCCACUGGACACUGGUGCAUGCGAGCAAUGAGUGAGGAGAUAACCCUUCUAUAUGUGUAGAGACUGCCCCAACCCAAACUCAUCCACAGACCAUCCCAAGUUCCACAGCUGUUGCCACAAACAUUAGGGAGAUGAAGUCAAAAUAAGCGAGUGAACGCAUCAUGGCCACAUUCC